AUGUUAUAGUUGUAAAAUUAAUGCAUAUUAAGUGUCCUUAUUUUUAUUUAGUAUCUAUAUUUAUUAUAAAAUAGAAGAUACAAAGAUGAAAAGUGUAGUCAAAGUAAAAGACAACGAUGAAGAAUUAGAAAACAAAGCCAAAAUAUCGAAGUCAAAAGAUCAAUCAAUUGUUGAAAAUGAAAAAGAAAAAAAAUCUAUUGAUGAUAUUUUUACAAAAGCAGGUGGUGCAUAUAUUCCACCAUCUAAACUCAGAGCUUUACAGGAAGGAAUUACAGAUAAAAAUAGUGUUGCUUUUCAAAGAAUGGCAUGGGAAUCAUUAAAGAAAAGCAUUAAUGGGCUUGUCAAUAAAGUUAAUAUCUCAAACAUUGGUCACAUUGUUGAAGAGCUUUUACAGGAAAAUAUUGUGCGCGGAAGAGGUUUGUUGGCGCAGUCAAUAAUUCGCGCUCAGGUUGCUUCUCCAACAUUUUCAAAUGUGUAUGCUGCUUUGGUAUCUAUUAUAAAUACUAAAUUUCCAAAAAUCGGGGAACUUGUACUUAGAAGACUUAUACUUCAAUUUAGAAGGUCUUUUAAAAUGAAUGAUAAGCUUGUUUGUAUUAACUCUGCUAAAUUUAUUGCCCACCUUGUAAAUCAGCAAGUUGCACAUGAGCUUCUAGCUUUAGAGAUUCUUACACUGCUUUUACAGAAUCCAACAGGAGACAGUUGUGAAGUAGCUAUUAGUUUCUUAAAAGAUGUUGGAUUAAAGUUAGUAGAUGUUUCUCCACGAGGAAUUAAUGCUAUAUUUGAGAGGUUACGAAGUAUACUGCAUGAUUCAGAGACUGACAAAAGAGUUCAAUAUAUGAUAGAAGUCAUGUUUGCAAUUCGCAAAGAUGGUUUUAAGGAUUAUCAAAUAAUGGUUGAUGAUCUAAAUCUGGUUGAAGAAGAUGAUCAAAUAACUCACUUGCUUCGUAUUGAUGAUACAGGAAGCGCUGAAGAUGUUUUGAAUGUGUUUAAACAUGAUCCUGACUAUGAGAUUAAUGAAGAAAAGUAUAAAGAAAUCCGUAAAGAUAUUUUGGGUGAAAAUGAUGAUGAAACAUCAAAUGAGGGAAGUGAAAAUGAUGAUGACGAUGAUGAUGACAAUGAUGAUGAAAAUGAAGGUGAAGAAGGAAAAGAUGAGAAUUCAGUGGAGAUUGUUGAUAGGACUGAAACAAACUUGGUUGCUCUCAGAAGGUUAAUUUAUCUAACAGUUCAAUCAAGUUUGGACUUUGAAGAAUGUGCACAUAAAAUGAUGAAAUUAAACAUUAAACCUGGACAAGAGCACGAAUUCUGUUUGAUGGUUGUGGAAUGUUGCGCUCAACAAAGAUCAUUUGAAAAGUUUUAUGGGCUGUUAGGCCAGAGGUUUUGUCUUUUGCGGAAAGAGUUUAUGGAAAACUAUGUUGUCAUUUUUAAAGAACAGUAUGAUAGUUGUCAUCAUUUGGAAACUAACAAGUUAAGAAAUACAGCUAAAUUUUUUGGUCAUCUUUUGCAUAGUGAUGCUAUUCCCUGGAUGGUCAUGGAGUGCAUUCGUCUCAAUGAAGAUGACACUACAAGUUCCAGUCGAAUUUUUAUAAAAAUACUUUUCCAAGAACUGGCGGAGUAUCUUGGAAUCCAAAAGUUUAAUGCUCGUCUCAAAGAUCCAAUUAUUGCUCCUUAUUUGGAAGGAAUAUUUCCUCGUGAUAAUCCUAGAGAUACUCGGUUUUCAAUUAAUUUCUUUACUGCUAUUGGUUUAGGCGGUCUAACUGAUGAACUUCGAGAACAUCUAAAGAAAAUUCCUAAAGUUAAUCCUUUAGCAAAACAGUUAGCUGAAGCAUCUGAUAGUUCUUCAGACAGCAGUUCUGAAAGUAGUAGCUCCAGCAGUGAUUCAUCAGACAGCUCUAGCUCAAGCUCUAGUUCUUCAGAAGAUGACAAGUCACCUAUUAAAUCACAACAGUCGCCGGUUGACAGGAAAAAAAGCUCACCAAAAAAACGUCGUGAUGAUAGAGAUUUGCUGCGUCGUAAUGACAAACAUACAGUACGAGAUGACAAACAUACAGUACGCAGUGAUAAUGAUAGAGAGAUUAAACGUCGUGAUAAUAGUGAUUUUUUACGUGACGAGGAAAGAAAUUCUAAAAACCGUUAUAAUAUGACACAUCGUGAUAAACAUAAUAAAGAUUCAUCUCGUCAUAAUAGUGAAAUUGAAAAUAAAAGAACGAAAGAAUAUGAUCAAAAAGUUGAAGAAGUUAACAAAAAAGAAGAUAGAAGUAGAAACUCGUCAAAAAGAAGACACCACGAAGAUGAUUAUCAUGAAAAUAAAAAAAGUAAAAAUGACUCGUCACGAGAUCGCGAAGUAGCAACUGAACUUUCAUAUCAAAGAAGAAAAGGAGAAGACAGAGAUUAUAUUGAUAAAUAUAAGAAAAAUAAGGAUUUAGAGAAGACGAAAAAUAAGGAUUUAGAGUCACCACGGAGAAGGCGAUCCAGUGACAAACAUUUAACACGAUCACGAUGAACAACUGAUCUGAGCGUGAUUGAAAAAAUAUUACUGCCGCAUUAUUGAAAAGCGCAGCGCCACAAGUCCUUAAAUUUUGAAAAAGUUUGGACAUGAAUAAGAAUGCCGUUAUUUUAAUAAAAAUACACCAUUAAAAGUUAUAAUUACUGUUUUAAAACAAGUUCAUUCAAUUACUAAUUAAAUAUUAAUGCUAAGAUAAUUAUUAAACAAAAAUGACAAAUAAGUGUAGAAAAUAACCUUUGUUGUUUUUCAGCUUUUAAAUAAUAUUUUACAGUAAUUAACUUUUGGUGUAAUGUAAUAGUGGCGUAGUCGAUAUUUUGUCUGUCUUUAUAGCGCCCCGUUUCGGAAGCUAGGGGAGAAAAACAUUUAGUCAAAAGGUUUAUGGACGAAGUUUAAUAAAUCUGGCAUAAAAUAAAUAAAGAUUGCAUUGGAUUGUAUGCUGUGAACUACGAUGUUUAUUCACAACACACAGUGUGCUAAAUUGUCCGCCCGGUUUUGUGUCCGCCCACUCUGAAAUUUUUUUGUUCCCUAUAAAGAUACCUUACAAAUAUUUCUAAAAAAAAUAAUUAUAAGUUCACAUCUAUCAAGGGGUGUGAAAAAAUUGCUUUUUAUGUGCACCCAGGCCCCAAAAAAGGUGGGUGUGUGCUGUAAUAAACUUUCUCUUUUUUUUUGGUAAUCUUUGGUAAAUGAUUGAAUAUUUUGAGUCAAUUUUAAAACAUUUUUUGAUAACAAAUAUUUAAAUCUAAUUUUUUUUU